AUGUCCGAGAGCCCAGCGGAGACAAAACCGGAUGCUCAAUCCGAAGUUAAACCAGAAACUCACAUUAAUUUGAAAGUUUCGGACGGAUCGUCCGAAAUCUUCUUCAAGAUUAAGCGCACAACUCCCCUCAGGAGACUCAUGGACGCGUUUGCCAAGAGACAGGGCCGUGAAAUGGACUCGCUGAGGUUCUUGUACGACGGGCUCAGAAUACAGCCUGACCAAACGCCCGAUGACUUGGAUAUGGAGGACAACGAUAUCAUUGAAGCCCACAGAGAACAGAUCGGCGGCUAUUAG